AUGUCAAUCCUGUCAGUACUUGUUUUUGCUAUACACAUUUUAAUGGCCAGUCAUGUCAAUAAAGGGCAAGACAAUGACACAAUGUUUUCCUUUGGAUCAGUAUCAUCACAAUGUAGUGUGAAAUGCAUGAUUCCUAAGAAAGUUUGCAAGUUAGCAUACAGAAUGAUCACGCAGUGCCGGCAGAAUAGCCUAAAAACAUAUCUUUAUGGAAGAUACUCAUUUGUUGGAGUUUCCAGCUUGAAUGUUAUUGUGAAUAGAAUUGAACAGAACAAACAGUAUUGUCAAUCAAACAUCCCUGAUGAGUUUUUGAUACCUUUUAAGCUUGCUAAAUACGAUAUUUUUAGCAGUGCAGAAAGCCAGUCUUUAGAUUGUGCCAUUCAAGCUAUUUGGAAUGAUUAUACUCUGAAGCCCUUAAGUUUGGAUAUCACCAAUUGUAUACAGUUCUGGGCAUACGCCUGUGUUACAAAAAACGGCAAUAACAGGGAUGGAAGGAUUAACAAACCUCAAGAUUUGACCUCCGAAAUGUACUUUUCGAAGUUUAAAGUGGAAUGUUUGGUUCUAGACUAUUUAUUGAAUCUAACGCCGAUCUGUAAACCAUCCUUAGUUUCAUCAUUACUCGUAAAAUGCCUGGAGACACCUAACUUUUAUCUGUCUGAAUUUACUGAAUCUUCAAAUGAUUAUUAUAGAGGAUCUGAAAUACGUUUUGGUUAUCUAAACAUAACUAACACGGGGAAAAUUUCACUUCAUUUGGAUACGGAUCCAACUAUUCUAACCUCAUCUCCCAUCGGAAUAUGGAUUUCUGGGGUUAAAGGAGCUUGUGAUUUUCGCAUAUGGAAAGCUUGCUUACAAUUUCUUUUGAUCAAUGAAACCCAAAUAAAUAGAUUAGUCAAAGGUGAUUAUUUGGGAUACAUGAAUUCGACAAACAAUUCACCCAUGUUGUUGGCUGUUUAUCUAUGCGAUUCGAGCUUGCCACGUUUUUAUGAAACCAGUAUGGUAUAUUCAUGUGAAACUGAUACUUGUGAUUCUUCAGUUUAUAUGAGGCUACACAGAAAUUCUAAAGAUCCAGUGCAGUUAAAGUUUACUCUUUUGUCAAGCCUUGAAGAUAGUGUAUCUCUUCCAAAAUCCAGUUUCGAAAAUUCAGAAUAUUUUACAUGGAAUUUGGUAAAAAAUAUUUCACCUAAAGAAAAUUUGACCAUUUUAAAAGAUUCAGUGAAACAAUUUUGUGAUUCUGUUAAUGGUUUGGAAUAUUUUGAAGAUAAGUUUGUUCGUUUAGCGAUUCCUACUCUGUUUUCUGCGACAUCACAAAUCUCUGCCCGUUGUGUAUCUGAAAACCAGAACAGUAUGAAAAGUAAUCUGAAUUCUCACCCAUCUAGUGGUGAAUUUAAAAACUUGGAUUUGUCUGAAUCUAAUAUUCUGGAAGCUUCUUUACUAUCCGAAGAGGGUGUUAAAACUUCAUAUCACAAUUCUAGAGGAAGUCACUCCUAUAGAAUUACUUCAGAACAAUUAGAUGAAGAAUCUUUUCCUAGAGAGCCUCCUAGAAAAUCAAAUGGUUUCAUUAAAAGUGGCGAAUCAUCUGACAAUAAUUCCAAUCAAGAAGAUACUUAUAAUUAUGAUCCAAAUCGUUAUCGGAAUUUUCCUAAUCCUGUUACUUCAUCUGCGUCAGUUUCACCAGUUAGUACAACUUCAACUCCUAACACAGGAUGUACUGUUAAUAUUGGUCCCAAAGCCGUUUUCUCGGAGAUUCAUUCAAGGUUUGAUAUCAUCGACAUAACAAUGCAUUUUCUUCCUAUCCUUUCCGACCUUCCGAUGAAUCAGUUGGAGCGUCUUGAAAAAAUCAUUGCUAACAUGUUAGGUAAGAAGAAAAUUGGCUGUUUGGCACCUGAUACUUCGAAAAAUGGUGUGGUACGUGGUAAUAACCAGGAUUGUUUUAACAAGCAUGAUAUAAAACGGGGUAUAAGUAUUGGUGUUAACACAACUUUUGUAUCCAGUAGAACCAGUUUCAAGAAUAAAGAGCGGCUAAGUUGUGAUAGUCUGAAUAAUAAGGAUGUUCAAUCUUCAGUUUGUACAAGAAAGUCAUCCUUUAUCAAUGAUAGUUUAAGCGUUGUACAACAUCACAACAAUAAUGCAAAUUAUUCAAGACAAGAUGUGUUUGAGAAUUAUCGCCCUAUUUUGCAACUCAAAUCAUCAAGCCCGGUGCAUUUGAAAGGCAUAAAGAAAGGUGAACUACAAAUGGAUUUACAAUACCAAAGUGAUACUGCAGACAAAUACAGUUGGUUGUUAGCAAAUAUACAACAAGUUUUGAAUAAUAGAAUGAGAUGUGAUUCUGCAGCUUCCGCACCUCAUCCAGAUAGCAAUAAUAUUACGAAAAUCUUUUUCAAUCAAGAAUUGCGUACAUCAAAUUCUAUUCCUAUUGUUUUUCACGAAAAAGACGAUUGUGUCAACUAUCGUGUAAAUAGUGAUAAAAAUCCUGAAAAUUUCAAUCGAAGAGUUUCAAAUUGGUUUCAGUCUGAUCUAAAUAAGAAAAGUGAUAAUUCCUCGUCAUCGGCUACCAAGGUCAAUGAUACUGCAUUAACUAAUGGUAAUUAUAAAAGAACUGACACCCAUACAUAUGUUGAUCCCAGUCAUUCAACAAACCAGCUCAAUGUGAACCAGAAAUUAGCUGUUCCAGAAUCUAUUCAAGAUAUACAUUUAGUUAGUGUGAAAAAGAGAAGCGAAAACUUUCUUAAUAGUGGAUGUGCAGGCGAUACCGAUCAAAGUAUUUACUUAUCUUCUUUAGUAAAUAAAUAUUUGGGUAACAAAGCUGUUGGUAGUGGAACAGUGGAUACAGAUAAUUCUAUCGUAAUCGACUACAGCUUAGCGACGCUGGAUUAUAUGAAGCGACAUGGUAUAAUUGAAUGUCAUGGAGAUGACAAAUGUAAACAAAGUACCGCGCCAGUAAUAAAUAGUACUCCAACCGCUAACCACAAAAAUGCAUUACAUAACUAUACUUGCUUUAAGGCUCAAAGGGAUGAUUCUGUAUGUGCUCCAUCGAGUGGCCCAUCAUCUUCCAUUCCGUUUGUGUCUAUGGAUCCAAAAUCACCUGAUAUACGCGGUGACCUUACAAGUGGAGAGUCGCUCCCAAAUAUAAUGAAUGAGUUGGGUUUAGAUAAAUUACAAAUGACACAACAUACUGAAAUAUGCAACCCUGACACUAAUUAUCUGUCUACCUUGUCUGAUUGUUCUUUAGAAAAAGAUACUUCUAUACGACCAAUUUUAACAGUAUCGGAAUACUCACACAUUUUCGAUUAUGAUCCCAACGUUAUAAACAGUCCAAUUCUCGAUUUAGAACGAUUACGAUCGCUUCCCAAACUCCUAUGA